AUGGCUUCUUCAUCACCUUCUUUAACAAUAUCACCAAGGAAGCUACACUAUGAUUUAUAUUCUUACUCAUACAAACAAGAUUCAAACACACCAUUAGUGAUAAACGUUCUUGCUUCAUUAAUCGAGAGAACGAUGGCAAGAACACAAAGAAUUGUGAAAAAUUGUUCUAAGGUUUUGUCCAAAGAAAUCACCACAAAAAUCUUUGAUUGUAGAGAGGUUCCUGAUUUAACCAUUCAAUCCUAUUUAGAGAGAGUUUUUAGGUACACACGUGCUGGACCUUCGGUGUAUGUUGUUGCUUAUGUGUAUAUUGAUAGGUUUUGUCAAAGUAAUGUUGGGUUUAGAAUCAAUUCAAGAAAUGUUCAUAGACUUCUCAUCACAACUAUUAUGGUUGCUUCAAAGUAUGUUGAAGAUAUGAACUUUAGAAACUCGUACUUUGCAAAAGUUGGAGGAUUAACAACAAAUGAAUUGAAUGAGUUAGAGCUUGAAUUUCUAUUCAUGAUGAAUUUUAAAUUACAUGUUAAUGUGAGUGUAUUUGAGAGCUAUUGUUGCCAUUUAGAAAGAGAAGUGAGCAUUGGAGGAGGGUACCAUAUUGAGAAGACCUUGAGAUGUGCUGAAGAAAUCAAAGAAAAGGGUUACACACAAAUUGCACGAGUAAUGUUGUAG